CCCUACCGUUUUGGGGAGGAGUAGAGAGGGAGGGCGGUCGUUGCAGACAGAGAGAGAUUGCAGAGAGGGAGGGUGGUCGUUGCAGACAGAGAGAGAUUGCAGAGACGGAGGGCGAGAGAUUGCAGAGAGGGAGAGCAUCCAAACAGGCCCUUAGGAGAGAGGAGAGAUGCUGAGGAGGAAUAUAAGGCUGAGGAGAGAAUACCUCUACAGGAAGAGCUUAGAAGGAAAAGAACGGCUCCUCUACGAGAAGAAACGCAAGAUCAAACAAGCCCUAGAAGAGGGGAAGCCCAUCCCCACCGAGCUCCGGAACGAAGAGGCUGCCCUGCGCAAGGAAAUCGAUCUCGAAGAUGAACAGACCGCAGUGCCAAGGAGUCACAUUGAUGAUGAGUAUGCCAAUGCAUCAGAAAGGGACCCAAAAAUUUUGUUAACUACGUCUCGUAAUCCAAGCGCUCCUCUUACUCAAUUUGUAAAGGAACUUAAGAUUGUCUUUCCGAAUGCACAAAGAAUGAACCGUGGUGGCCAGGUCAUUUCGGAAAUUAUUGAAACUUGCCGUGCACAUGAUUUUACGGAUGUCAUUUUGGUGCAUGAGCAUCGUGGUCAGCCAGAUGGAUUGACCAUAUGCCAUUUACCAUUUGGUCCAACAGCAUACUUUGGAUUGCUCAAUGUGGUUACAAGACAUGACAUUAAAGACAGGAAGUCUAUGGGAACCAUGUCUGAGGCUUACCCUCAUCUGAUUCUUAACAACUUUGCCACGAAGGUUGGUGAAAGGACAGCAAACAUUUUGAAGCAUCUCUUUCCAGUACCCAAGCCAGAUUCAAAACGCAUUAUCACAUUUGCCAACCAGUCCGAUUACAUCUCAUUCAGGCAUCAUGUCUAUGAAAAGCGUGGGGGUCCAAAAUCAGUUGAACUGAAGGAGGUUGGCCCUCGUUUCGAGAUGCGGCUUUAUCAGAUCAAACUGGGGACGGUUGAUCAGCGUGAUGCCCAAAACGAGUGGGUCAUCAGACCGUACAUGAACACCGCAAAGAAACAGAAAAUCCUUGGAGAUUAAACUAAUUUAAAUUUUCCCAAGCCAUCAAAGCCUGGGCAACACAAGCAGUUUUGUAAAAUGAGGUACCUCUGCAUGGGUGUGGUGCUUCCAUUUUCAGCCUGGAAGCUAUGAUACAACCUUUGGACAUUACACCUUGAUUGUUCUCUAAGGAUCACAACAGAUUUGGUACAUUCCCAUCAAUUUAAUAUAUCUUCUUUGAAAGAGAGGAAAUUUUCAUUGUUAUACAUUACUGAUAAAAGUAAAUUUUUGUUAAUUGA